AUGUAUUCCAAACCCGGGUCUGCUACUUAUACACUUGGAUCGGUAAAUACAUCGGUGGUCACAAACACCCAGCCCGACUUCUUUGAACUCAGUCACACCUUCAUUUCCCUGACGAGUCGGCUUACUAAAGUUGUCAAGUUAUCGGCCCCAGCUCCUGUGCGUGAUGAGGCUACUUCAUCUCCUAAAUCACCCAGAACAGGUCUCCAAACUCUGGAAGAAUUUAUAGUUACGUGCGGGCUUCGCGCUUCCCAAGAAGCAGGAACGCCCUUGCUUACGGGAGACAAAUCAUUCCCCCUUCUAACGGGGGAGACUCCAAUGACAGGGCAUGUUUCAAAUGAAGGGAUCUCAUCAUCAAAACAUCCUACGCUCAAUGCAGCUUCACGCACCAGCUUGAUGUCAUUAGGAUCAUCUUUGGCCGGAAAGAGUAUGCAUGAACCAAUUGCUGAGGCAUACAGGAAGGCCGGACUUCCAGAACUAACGCCUGGCGGAUCGCAAGGAAUGUGCCCUCCACCAUUCAAAUGUGGGGGCCAUGCCAGACUCGGCAACAAUGGUCUUGUCCUUUUGCUCUACGAAGAACAUGCAAGUAGGUUGCAGCUUUUAGUCACAAAUAACGUUGAUACAAACGAAUAUCUUCAACAUACGUGGUCAGACUCUCAGCCGGCUGUGACCACUGUUCAUGAAGCAGGUAUGACAUGGACUUACUCACAAGCUCAUUGA